AUGGAGCAAAAGUCUGCCGGCAUCAUCGUGACCAAGAGAGCGGAGCUGGAAUGUCACAGGAUCAGAGCAGGAUUGUGUCGGGACUUUGCUGUUCUGGAAGAUCACACCUUGGCUCAUAACUUACAGGAGCAAGAGAUUGAGCACCACUUGGCGACAAACGUUCAGCGUAAUCGGCUGGUGCAGCAUGACUUGAAGGUGGCCAAGAAGCUGCAAGAGGAGGAGGAUCUGAAAGCACGUGCUCAGAAACACCAAAAGGACUUGGAGCGACAGGACUGUGAGAUGGCUCAGGAAAUCCAAGUGAAGUUGGUGUUUGAAGCGGAGCAGCGCCGCAGGCAAGAGGAGAAAGACGAGGACAUUGCCCGUCUCCUACAACUGCAGGAAGAAAAGAAGCACAAGAAGCACUACCCAGAAACCCAGGGACACACAGUCUAUGAAGACAGCUAUUAUGCAGAGGAUGGAGGCACCAGGUUGAGAGGGUCACAGCAAGCCGUGUAUGAUAAACCCCAGAGCGAACAGGAGCUAACUGACGCAGAGAUUGCUCGGAAGCUGCAGGAGGAAGAGCUUCUGGCUAGUGAGGCAGAUCAGAAGGCAGCUCAAGUAGCUCAAGAUGAGGAGAUUGCCCGACUCUUAAUGGCUGAGGAGAAAAAGGCUUUCAAGAAAGGAAAGGAGAGAGAAAAGUCUUCCUUGGAAAAGAGGAGACAUGAUCAAGACUGGAAGCGUGAUGCAAGCGAGUCCACGUGCUCAAGGGCAAAAGAAGGGCCUGAAACGCAGCGGCACAAAGGCGACAGGUCUGCGAGAUCACAGCCUCACGUGGAUGACUUCGACCGUGCUCGGUAUUACACAAGCCAGCCCAGCCCUUCACGCCAGAUCCCCAAACCUGAGUUCUCUCCUAAAGGUUCCCGUAGGAAGCAGUAAGCUGUGCUAAGCCUUUGCUUUGGUACUGACUCUUCUGUAGCAAACAUUGCUGGAAUUGCCAGGCAACUUUCUUGAUUCCUUACACAAUGGGAGGUCCACCUUCCUCUCCCAGGAUCUCCUCUUAGGUGUCAUCAUAUUAAGGAGCAUUGUUUGGUUCAAUUUGUUCCCCACAGGUGAUGGCUGAAGCAGGACAGUGCAAUCUAGCCGCCGCUGAGCUGUGUAAAUCAACCAGCUGGGUUUAACAGCUCCCUUUGACCUUCUUUCCAGGCUUGCCUUUUAAUUUUUAAGCUUAGGCUGGAGCUUUGACAAAAAAGGGUUUAAAAAGAUGCAACAGAGUGGAAGUGCAAGUCCUUUCCACAUUAGCAUGGCCUAGCAAAGAGUUCGAAGAGGAAGUCUGGAGAAGAGAAGGCUCUGAGGAGACCUUCUUGUGGCCUUCCAGUAUCUGAAGGGGGCUACAAGACAGCUGGGGAGGG